UCAGAGGAAUCCGCCACCUGAAACGCGAGGAAGUGAGGGCGACUCAUUUGGGUAUAAAGCAUCAGCCAACAUCUGCCCCGAGCAGUGCUCAGCUGAUGGAAACAUCAGCUCGGAGCUCACACAGGACCUCCGGUUCAUUUAGUUUCCCUUGGAUUUUAUCAUUCGGCGUUACCGAGUCGGUGCACCCGGGAAGACGCAUCUCUUUUCUGCACUUUAAGUGAAUGUGACCCCCACAGCCAUCACUAUACUGGAACUAACUGAUAUCCCGAGGGAUUUCGGCGCACCUGUUAUCUCCACGGAGCGCGAGAUCAUGAUACCUCCGGGAGACUGCAUGUACGCGGGCAGAAAGAGGAGGAAGCCCGUCCAGAAACAGAAGCUGUCCUCGGCUAAUGAGAAAACCAACCCGUCCAAGCGGCACAGAGACAGGCUGAACGCUGAGCUGGACCGGCUGGCCAGCCUGCUGCCGUUCCCCCCGGAUGUCAUCUCCAAGCUGGACAAGCUGUCCGUGCUGCGCCUCGCAGUCUCCUACCUCCGCGUCAAGAGUUUCUUCCAAGCGAACCACGACAAGCCCUCCAGGAAGCACAGCAUCAGCACAGCAUCCUCAAACCCUGAACCCAGGAAAGAGAGCCAUCCACUGGGCGCCGCAGUCAAUGAAAGCAGCCUCCUCCUGGAAUCUCUUACAGGCUUUGCCUUGGUGGUGAGCAGUGAUGGGAUGGUAUUUUAUGCCUCUUCAACCAUUGUGGACUAUUUGGGAUUUCAUCAGACUGACGUGAUGCACCAGAAUGUGUUUGACUACAUCCACAUAGACGACCGCCAGGAGUUCAGACGCCAGCUCCACUGGGCCAUGUGUCCUCCGGAGGGGGCGUCGGCACACCAGGACCAGCCACCUGCAGGGACUGGUGAGGACUUUGUCGUGAGCAGCCUGUUCCAUUCUCCAGAGGCAGGGGGGAUUCCUUCUGAGCUCUCCUGCUUUCUCAACAGGUGUUUCGUUGCCAGAGUCCGAUGCCUCUUGGACAGCACCUCCGGAUUCUUGACUAUUCAGUUCCAGGGUCGGUUGAAGUUCCUCCACGGUCAGAAAGUGAAGUCUGCCUCCGGGGCUCUGAUGCCUCCCCAGCUGGCUUUAUUCUGCAUAGGUGUACCCCUCUUACUGCCCUCCAUCACUGAGAUGAAAAUGAAGAACAUGUUAAUGCGGGGAAAGAACAAGGGAGGAGGUGAAGGGAUGAUCUCCGCACUGGAGCAUGGUGAGCGAGGGGACAACCUCGGCAGGCAUUCCUUCGGUGGAGGAAUGGGAGACAUAGCAGACCCUGUCCUCCUCUCCUGUCCCACUCCUGGUGCAACCCAGCGGGGCCACCACACCCCCUGGACCCCGCUCUCCAAAGACAACCUCAAGUACCGCCCCGAGGGUUACUACCACCAAGAGGAGCCCCUCAACUACUGCAAGUCCACCAUGGCUUCCCACAAAGGUGUUAGCCCAGGCCUGGGAUGUGGCUGGCCUCUGCGGCCAAACUCCGGCCCCCUCAGAGCGGGCCAGGGUGUCGGCUACAUCCCCUCUAACCGCAUGAACAAGGCCGGCCAGUAUGGGAGGCCGUACCGCCUUUCCCCGAGCUGCCACAGCGGCAGAGGCGGCGAGCUGUUUGUCACGAAGCUCGACGGGAACGUCCAGAUUCCCACAGACCCGGACGCGUACUGCGUGGACCUGGUGAAGAACGAGAACGGCUACGGAGAGUGCUACGAUGGCCACCUGAUGCCCGAGGUGCAGCCCAUCAAGGUGGAGAACGACUCGGACUCUGAGAACGGCUGCGAUGCCUAUGGGCGACCCUGGGCUUGCCGGGACCCAGAGGCCAUCGACCGUCGCUACAGCAAUGGGGUAUACGACCAGAGCUCAGGCCUCCACCUCAAAUCGGAGGCGGAUUAUUAUGAUCCGCAGUACUCGCCGUGCCACCGAGGGAAAGCAGGAAUCAGCCCACCGUACAACAACGGCAACUAUCAGAACUAUGCGGUCAACAACAACGGGAACACAACCGGACGCCUGUUAAAAUGUGACAAAGACUUGGGCAAUCACAACGACAACAGCCAGUUUAGUCCUCAGAGGCUCUCUCACUCGGACUCUCUAUGCAGCAACCAAUCUGUCAACCUCAUGGACUCACACAUCUAUCCACAGGACCCUCACAAGGCCUACAUGCACCCGGACUACAACAAGCAUGGCACUUAUGAGUUCAAAGGUCACGGCCUGGUCCAUUCCAUCAAGCGGGAGCCCAUGGACUCCCCGCCGUGGUCUGAGAACGCUCACAACAUAAGGCAGUCCAUGAUGGUUGGUCCGAGGAACAGUAUGCCUUGUGUUAUGAGCACAGGGCACCACAAGUCCAGUCCUUACAUUUAUAUGCCAUAAGAGUGAGACACAGCGGAUCAUUUCUAACAUUCACACAAACACACGCACACACACACGCAAACACACACACACACUCUCUCAAACAAUCAGUGUGCAUUAAAGUACUUAGUAUUUUGCCCAAUGCACCAGCAUUUCAAAAGAAUUCCCAGGAUGUUAACAUUUAAAUGACCUCUUCAUCGAUCCGAUGAAGAGGUCACAAACAAGGCUCAGGUUCUAGUGUUUGUGUUGUGACAAUCAAAAAUAAUACCUUGAAUCCAGUUUAUGGAUCGACAAUUUAGUUUUUACGGGAUACAUUUUGUAGUUUGUUCCGAGCACUUUUGGAUUUAUUGACAAUGAGACAAUUUAUGUCUAUAGACACAAUUUUAUUUUUGUUUUAUGUUUUGUGUACACCAGGGUUUUGUGGGAUGAACAAAGAUGUUGCUGUAAAAAGAGGUUUUAUUUGUUAACGUUGUACACAGGAGAUGACUUACACCUACUGUUGGGGUUAUCCAGGGAGAUGGCACACAGUCAGUGUUAACAGUUUAGAGGAUGAUCUGCCUUGAUGGUGGUUUUGCAUGUUUUAGUGCUUCAACUAUAAAUCGCCUACCUUUUUUCAUUAAUGCCCUCAGUGAUGUUUGAAUGGAAUCUAGUGUUUCUAUGCAUUUUAGACUUUUAAUAGGUCAACUUUCAGAGACUUGAAACUUAAUUAAUUGCAGUAAAAACCAAAAGUUGGGUCCCUCUUUCCCCUCCGCAGCUACAGGAAAGCUGUUUUAUUUUCAUGCAUGACAAUUGACAAUUCGAUUCAGUUUAUUUUGUAUUGCCCAAUAUCACAAAUUAUGAAUUUGCCUCAGAGGGCUUUACAAUCUGUACACAUACGACAUCCCGGUUCCAAUUGACUUUUUUUACUCACAAUGUGUGUCCUGAAUUUGAUUUACCAAGAGCAUAGCGUACAAUGCAGUGCUUUUGUCAGAGCGCCCAAGAAUACACAGUUAAAAAAGAAAAAGAAAAGGUUUCUAAUUGCAAAUGCAGAAACCUUUGGAAAAUGUUGUAGUUAGUAGACGGAAACAUGUACAACUAUUGGCCAAAGCUUGAAGUAUAUUCACUCCAUCUGUUUAUUAAACUAGAAACCGAAUACGUAAGGUGGCUCAUGGAUCUCCACCAUGUGUGGUUCAAGCGUGUGCUGCUUGGCUCCGAGAUAAAAGAUCACACUUGAAUUUUCAUUUAAGUUGCAGGACCUAAGAUGAACCUGGACCGAGUAGAGAUAGUCUGCAUCGCUCAAAUGACUAUAUUCAUAAUCAGGUGAAGGUUUGUUUGGACGAGGUAGAAGUGUUUGAACUGAAGGAACAGAAUAGGUUUGAUGUUGAUUAUUCUUCCAAUGCGCACAAUUUUUAAAAAUUGUUAAAUCAUAUUGAGUCACGCAAUCUUUCGAACAUACAAAUAAUUAAUUAAUGUAAUUUCAUGUCAAAGCUAGUGUUGUACAGUUUGGAUUAGUGUUCACGACAAGCUCAGCAUUUCAACUCUUUACAGCCUAUCUCACUGCAGAUGCCACACAUUUCCUUUGAAAUGAAUAUACACUUUUCAUGUCGUCGUUUGAGUCCGAAAACAUCCAACCUUUUCCUCACAAUCAAUGUUCUUGCACAAAAUGAAUUAAAAAGCACCAAAUUGAUUCGAUGUUAGAGUCUCAGUUCUGUGGAGCUACUGUUGUAGUUUCAAAAUUGCACUACUGGGAGUAGUUCAGUUGAAGUUCAGCCUACCCAGCAGGUUUUUGAGUCAACACACACAACUGUUACACAGUGUCACUGUUUUGACUUUCUCUUUUUCUCUGUGUGUGUGUGUUCAUUUCAAUAAAUGUUUAAUGAUUCGUAUUUAUUGUAAGAGGCAAAAGCGUAUAAUUUAAAAACUACAGUUUUGAAGGUUUCUCUGUUUCACGAAGGUAAAUAAAUGCCUUUUUUGUAUUUCUUGCUCUCUUUUUUUGAUAAUUGUUAUAAAACUCAUACUUGUCUCAUGGAGGAGGUAGCUGCAAGGUAGCGAACACAGUGUACAUAUGCAAUGUCUUCCGAUGUUUCUACGUGUUUUUGCAACGGGACUUAUUAAAAGACUUUUCUUUUCUAA